GAAACCACUGCAUCCUACACUGAGGAGAAAAAACAGAUAAGGUGACACCCUGGACAUGGCCUCAGACAUCCAGAUGCCAGGCCCGGUGUGCCUCAUUGAGAACACUGACACACAACUAGCAGUUAACCCAGAAGCUUUGAAGAUCCUGUCUGCCAUCACACAGCCUGUUGUGGUGGUGGCCAUUGUGGGUCUCUACCGCACAGGCAAAUCCUACCUGAUGAACAAGCUGGCUGGGCAGAAAAAAGGCUUCUCUCUGGGCUCCACGGUUCAGUCUCACACCAAAGGCAUCUGGAUGUGGUGUGUGCCUCACCCUAAGAAACCAAACUACACCCUAGUUCUGCUUGACACUGAGGGGCUGGGAGAUGUAGAGAAGGGUGACAACCAAAAUGACUCCUGGAUCUUUGCCCUGGCAAUACUGCUGAGCAGCACCUUUGUGUACAACAGCAUGGGGACCAUAAACCAGCAGGCCAUGGACCAACUGCACUAUGUGACAGAGCUGACAGAUAAAAUAAGGGCAAAAUCUUCACCUGAUGAAAAUGAGGUUGAGGACUCAGCUGACUUUGUGAGCUUCUUUCCAGAUUUUGUGUGGACACUGAGGGAUUUUUCCCUAGAAUUGGAAGUAGAUGGGCAACCCAUCUCAGCAGACGAGUACCUGCAGAAUUCACUCAAACUCAAGAAAGGUACCAGUCCUAAAGAUAAAAAUUUUAACCUGCCCCGACUUUGUAUCCGAAAGUUCUUCCCAAAGAAGAAAUGCUUUAUCUUUGAUCGGCCCACUCAUCGGAAGAAGCUAGGCCAACUUGAGACAAUGCAUGAUGAUGAGCUGGACCCCGAAUUUGUGCAACAAGCUGCGGACUUCUGUUCCUACAUCUUUACCAAUUCCAAAGUCAAAACCCUUUCAGGAGGCAUCCAGGUCAAUGGACCCCGGCUGGAGACCCUGGUGCUGACCUAUGUCGAUGCCAUCAGCAGUGGGGACCUGCCCUGCAUGGAGAAUGCAGUCCUGGCCUUGGCCCAGAUAGAGAACUCGGCUGCAGUGCAAAAGGCCAUUGCCCACUAUGACCAGCAGAUGGGUGAGAAGGUUGAACUGCCCACAGAAACCUACCAAGAGGUCCUGGACCUGCACAUGGCCAGUGAGAAAGAGGCCAUUGAAGUCUUCAUGAAGAAUUCCUUCAAGGAUGUAGACCAUUUAUUUCAAAAGGAAUUAGCGGCCCAGCUAGAAAAAAGGCGAGAUGACUUUUGUAAAGAGAAUAUGAAAGCAUCAUCGGAUCGCUGCUCAGCUUUACUUAAGGAUAUCUUCCAUUCUUUAGAAGAAGAGAUAAAGCAGGGGGUUUAUUCUAAACCAGGAGGAUAUCAUCUCUUAAUGCAGACUAUGCACGAGCUGAAGAAAAAGUAUCUUCAGGAACCCAGGAAGGGAAUACAGAGUGAAGAAGUCCUUCAGACAUACCUGAAGUCCAAGGAGUCUGUGAUUGAUGCAAUUCUGCAGACAGACCAGACUCUCACAGAAAAGGAAAAGGAGAUCGAAGUGCAACGUGUGAAAGCUGAAUCUGCAGAGGCUGCAGCAAAAAUGCUGGAGGAAAUGCAAAAGAAGAAUCAGCAGAUGAUGGAGGAGAAAGAAAAGAGUUAUCAGGAACAUGUGAAACAAUUGACUGAGAAGAUGGAGCAGGAGAGGGCCCAAUUAAUGGCAGAGCAAGAGAGGACUAUGGCUCUUAAACUUAAGGAACAGGCCAUGUUACUAAAGGAAGGAUUCCAAAAUGAGAGCAAACAACUUCAGAGAGAAAUAGAGAAUCUCAGGAGAAGCAUGACAAAACCAUCGAGCCCUUGUAUCAUAAUCUAAAGACCUAAGGAAAAGAGCUUCCUUGGUCACUCUACUCAAGGCAUAACUCAAGCAGUUUUAGAAUCUGGAAAAAUGUCACAACUUGAGCAAAAGUGACCUUCUUUAAGCUGAUAAAAGAAAUCUACAAAAAAGCCUUCACCUAACAUACUUAAUGAUAAAAAACAGAAUGCUUUGCCCCAUAACACAGGAAUAAAGCAAGGAUGUGCAGUCGCUCCACUUCUGUUAAAUAGUAUAAUGAAGGCUUCCUACAAUAUGGCAAAAGGAAGAAACGAAAGAAAGAAAGAAAGAAAGAAAGAAAGAA